GAAGCAUCAGGCAGUCGUGUAGACGGCUUGCCCCGGGGCCUAGUCCAGGGAGUUGGGCCGCGUCGCGUGGGCUGCGCUGAGGGAGCUCGUCGCGGGAGUUCCUGGUUUUUUUGUGUCUCGCGAGAGGCUGACCUUAACAUCGAAUUCACCCUGCCCGCCUGGCUAACGGCUGUCGUGGAGCGUGCAGACACAGGAGAAACAAUCGCAAAAUUAGCAUCCUUCUACAAAAAUUCAGGAAUAGGAGAGUGCUGUUUCACCCGGGAUGGAACUGUGUCCUUACUGUAAGAAGCCAUUUAAACGAUUGAAAUCCCACUUGCCGCACUGUAAGAUGCUAGGAGCAACUAUGCCUGCUGAUCAAGAAAUUCAUCAGUGUGAGACAGCUACACUCACACGUGGUAAAAAAAUCAAAAUGCCAAUCAGAGACUCAAUUAAAGCAAAAGAGAAAGAGUUAGGGACAGACAGUAAGAAAAGAAAUCUGGAACUGAAAGGGAACAAUUCAGAACGGACAGUCAAGUCCCCUUCAGCACGAGCUGUUGGUUUGGAAAAAGCAAGUCAUAAAAAAGUUGAUGAAGACAUCAAGAGUCAAGUUAAGCCCUCCCUCAAAAUGUUAAAGGAUACUAAACCCAAGGUUGCUUUCCAGGGAGAAACUACAGCUCAGUUUUCUGUGUCAGCAAACACCAGAUCUACAAAAGAACUUGCCAAAGCUUUGCUUCAAUCAGGAGAAAGUAGAAACAACCCUUCAGAAAUUGAAGCACCUUUACCUCCUGGCCCAGUGGCACCUUCUCGGUCGAAUCACGAUAGGAAAUAUUCUUCAGCCUUCCUUAAUGAUGUGCAAGCCACUUCAGCUGAUUUAAGAUUGGACAGGGUGGAUGCCUCAGGACAGAACCUCGUAGAAUUAUUCAGUGCACCUCUUGGUGAUGGUCAUAGGUCUCCUGUGAAUUGCAGUCACAGGGUUCAAAGAGGGAGCAUGUCGUCAUCAGGCAGAGAAAGAGAUUCCAAGGCCGAGGAUCGCCUCUUAGGAGUCUCUACUGAUAGAGACUUCAGGACUGUGGCAAAGAGUGCAGAAUCACAGAUUGCUACUUUUAAACUUAACCCCUUAGGUAAAAGCCAGGGCAGGGAGAACCAGGGGAAAGCACUCCACCUUGGAGCAGAGACAUAUGGGAGCCAAGGAGGUGCGGAGAAAAGUGUAUCUGUGACAGAAAGGCAGGAUUGGGCUUCCCUGAGCCAUGAUUCAGUCACGGAGAAGACACCUCGAGACAGAGGUUCCGGUUUACACUUGCUCCCGCUAACAGGGACAACUUGCCCUGAGCGUCUCCCUCUAGCACAGUCACGUAACCAGAGUCCCACCUCUCUGGCUGUAAAAUUUCUCCAGGAAGAGGAAGCAGAAGCCGGCAGCCGGAAUCGAGUCCCUGCUGUGAAGGCGUUGAUGGCGGGUGAGGAGCGGGCUUCUCUGACAGCUAAGCUGGGCUCUCAGCCCCCAGCAUCGCGCCCCCAGGGGCUGCAGUCUGCACGUUCAGCCCAGCACCGUGAUUCCAGAAGCCGCUUGGCCGGUCAGACCCUGUCGAGCACCCUGGGGCUGGAGUGGUUUCCAGAGCUCUAUUCUGGUUAUCUUGGCCUCGGGGUGCUGCCAGAGAGGCCCCAGCGUUGGAGCACUCUGGCCCAGAAGCCCCUGCUUGUCAUCAGUCCCCAGGGCGAGAGACUCUCCCAAGGCUGGAUCCGGUGCCGUACCAGCGUGAGGAGCGGAGUCGGCGGGCUCACCUUGCUCUUCACCGGCUGCUUCGUCCUCUGCUGCAGCUGGAGCUUCAAGCAUCUGAGUAAGCCUCGCUCUGCAUCCUCAGCAGCAGGCCACAGCCAUGACGCGCACCGCCGAGGGCUCCUCUGAACUGCGUUUUCAUUUUUCAGUUUGGCGUUGUCUGACACGCCGCAAUGAACAAGCUGUUGCCCGAGGCUCUGGGGUUUCUUAUGGGAGGUUUUGGUUCUAAUGUCCUUGAUCAGAUUUGACUAGAGUUUACAUAGCCGCUCUCCUGCGACCAUCGACGAUCGCAGGAGAUCGGGUGCGCUUUCUCAGUAAAGCUGUUUGCCUGUUGGAAGAUCAGGGCUCUCCUCUUUGGUGACUUUCUGAUUGCUAAGAACUUUUUAGGAUGGAAACCAAACAGCUUUAUAUCCUAAGAGAUGAGAAGCAAACGCAGCUGUCACUUGUCAGUGUGUCUAAGGCUGAGAGCUGUUUUAUUUAACGUACUUUUAACAUUAAAGAGAACCACCACCUUUCUAGUUAUGCAUUUCAACUUGCUCCAGAUCUUACCAGAAGGAAAAUGCCUAGAUUGCACUGCUCUUUUAAUUCCAGAUAACAUUUGCUCACUUUUAAAAAGUAUUAUUGUAUUGAAGAAAUCAGAAAAGGCCCAGUAUUCUUCCACAACAGACAAAAUCCAAAUGCUUUCAGAUGAAAAUUUUCAGUGCAAAAGUGUAAGAUCAUUAUUAACACUAGAGGCCGGUAGAAUUCACAAACUUCCAGAAUGUCAGGUUUGACCCUUAGCUAGGCUUGGCAACUAGGGUGUGGGUCAAGACGUGCAUCACGUCUGCAGCAAGUUCUCACAUCUUGACUAGCGAGCCACAGCUGCCCACCGACGUCUCAUACACGUGGCCAUCCGUGAAAAAGGAAUUCCUUUCUGAUCACGAUGCCUGAAAUCCCACAUCGUUUCACAGGGAAAAAGCCUCCCCUGAAAGAGACCACUCAGGUGAUGCUGGAGUUUCUGUUUCACAUCUUUAAAUUGAGACUGAGGAAAGUGAGGCAGAAACUUACCCCUGUACCUAAGAUUUUAUUUCUAAAUUUAUAAAACAAAUACAGGGGGAUGAUCUUCAGGGGCAAGAUGUAGAAGCCAUCAGGGAACUGCCUCGUAGACCCUUAUGUUUGUCUCUCUUUAUCCCAAGAGCUGCAGCGCUGGCGUAAUCAGCGCUGACCUGGACGCCAUGGAAAGCUCUGGCGCUCCGAGUCGAGGACGGCGGAGGCACUGCAGAGCUCGUUUAAGGGCAGAAACUGCGCGGCAGGCAGGGAGGGGGCAGAAUAAAAUUGCUGGAACCCAACCAUUCUGGAGGAGCCAGGUGUUGUUUUUAAUUUGGACAGGUCUGGUUCUCUAUGGAUAUUUCUUUUGGCUUGUUCUCAAAAGUGACUGAAAGUUUUGGAGAAAAACUUGAGGUUGUUUAAUAGUAAAGGCGGAUGUUAUUCAGGGAGACAGGGAGAUGACAGGAGUUCAUCGUUAAAAUAGCUGUUUCCUCAUUCUCAGUAAAAAUAAUCCCAAUUCUAAAUCAUUUCUCCCCAAAACUGUUGUCUGUAUCUUGGCAUUGUGCUGCUCAUCUCUGCCGGAUACUGGUUCAGAAGAGCAUCUGAAGUGGCUGCAAGUCAGCUCACGUCGGACCCUUCCCCUUGGGGGUGGGUGGGCUCCUCUGGGUCCUUGACCAGCUCUCAGCAGCUGUGAGGAACAAGCAGAGGGUGGGUUCAGAGUUGCAGGUGAGCCUCUGAAAAAUCCUUGGCAGGUGAUUUUUUGUUUUUUUUUCCUUUUAAGCUGAUUAAAACAGCACACUCCACAGAAUGUUAAGUCAUCUUUUCCACAUCUGCAGUGGCUGUAGCAGUGAGCAAGUGCAUUCUGCUUCUCAGCUCUUCCUGGAAGCGUUU